AUGUCUUCUCACAAAGGAUCUGUGGUGGCACAGGGCAAUGGGGCUCCUGUCAGCAACAAGGGAACGGAUACAGCAGUGGAACUGGCUGAACUGGGACCCCUGCUAGAAGAGAAGGGCAAACGAGUGAUCGCCAAUCCGACCAAAGCUGAAGAAGAGCAAACAUGCCCAGUGCCCCAGGAAGAGGAGGAGGAGGUGCAGGUGCUGACGCUUCCCCUGCAAGCCCACCACGCCAUGGAGAAGAUGGAGGAGUUUGUGUAUAAGGUAUGGGAGGGACACUGGAGGGUCAUCCUGUACAAUGUGCUCCUUGACUGGCUGAAGGACAAUGACUACCUGCUACAUGGCCACAGGCCGCCCAUGCCCUCCUUUCGGGCUUGCUUCAAGAGCAUCUUCUGCAUCCACACAGAAACUGGCAACAUCUGGACCCAUCUGUUUGGUUUUGUGCUGUUUCUGUUUUUGGGAAUCUUGACCAUGCUUAGACCAAAUAUGUACUUCAUGGCCCCUCUACAGGAGGUGGUUUGAGGGAUGUUCUUUUUGGGUGCAGUGCUCUGCCUCAGCUUCUCUUGGCUCUUCCACACUGUCUAUUGUCAUUCAGAGAAAGUCUCUCGGACUUUUUCCAAACUGAACUAUUCAGGGAUCGCUCUACUGAUUGUGGGGAGCUUUGUCCCUUGGCUCUAUUACUCCUUCUACUGCUCCCUACAGCCACGGCUCAUCUACCUCUCCAUCAUUUGUGUCCUGGGCAUUUCUACCAUCACUGUGGCACAGUGGGACCGGUUUGCCACUCCUAAGCACCAGCAGACGAGAGCAGGAGUGUUCCUGGGACUUGGCCUGAGUGGUGUGGUGCCCGCCAUGCACUUUACCAUCACAGAGGGCUUCGUCAAGGCCACCACUGUGGGCCAGAUGGGCUGGUUCUUCCUUAUGGCUAUGAUGUACAUCACUGGAGCUGGCCUUUGCGCUGCUCGAAUCCCUGAGUGCUUCUUUCCUGGAAAAUUUGACAUAUGGUUCCAGUCUCAUCUGAUUUUCCACGUCCUGGUGUUGGCAGCAGCCUUUGUCCACUUCUACUGGGUCUCCAACCUUCAGGAAUUCCAUUAUGGCCUGAAAGGUGGCUGUACUGAUGACUCCCUUCUCUGAGCCUUCCCACCCGAAGGGUGGAGGAGGAGCUUCCCAAGUGCUUUUAAAAAUAACUUCUUUGCUGAAGUGAGAGGAAGAGUCUGAGUUGUUUGUUUCUAGAAGAAACCUCU